GCUGCAUGCCAUGACCUCAUCACACACACACAGGAGGUAAAGGGGGAGGAGCCUGGAGGCGGAGCUGAUGACAUUGACGUUUAACAGCAGGACGAAGCUCCACGUGUGUGAGAAGUCGCUCCUCCUCCCCUCACUCUCAUCCUCCACCCUCACUUCAUGCCUGCACCACGGAGGACACGGUGAGGCGACAACACGGGUGCUGUCGAGGACUCCCGAGAAGAAGAAAAGAUGGCACUCACGUGGCAUCCCACCUGCGUGGCCAGACUUCUGGUGCUGUUCUGGGUCCCACUGUGGCCCCUGGUCCAGGCAGCCUCUGCACCUGAGAACGAGGUCCCACUGCGACCCACCAGGUGGUUACCUGAGGGGAAGAUGACCAGCGUGACUUUACCUGCAGGGCGAACACGCAGGCUUUUCUUCACACUGAGGAAGACCCCCGACUUUGCUGUGACCGUCAGCCCAUGUGGCCCCCCCAUGGAGUGGACCUUGGCGGCCCGCACCCUGAAGGACAAACCCCUCAAAAGUCUGGAGUGGAGCUCAAAGAAAAGCAUGCCCGAGGUGUGGUGGAGGGGUCCUGGGACUGAGGAGAGGAUACACAGCUUUUCCGGCAAUGCCGCGGACACAUACAGCGGGCCCGCGGCCCCCCAUGCAUCCGUCUACAUCCUGAGGCUGCGCUCCAAACAGCAGAGCAGCAGAGCCACAGUGUACCUCCACCAAGGCCCGGGGACCUCAGGGGCCAUCCCUCAGGUCCCGGCUGACCCUCGAGUUCACACCCUGGGAGUGGGGAUGACCAGCGUCACCCUCAGCUGGGUUCCCAGCGCCUCGUUCACAGGUCUCGCUCAGAAGAGCUACGAGUACUGCGUCCUGGUCAACUCUGGCCGCAACUUCCCCAGCGUUUGUGCGGCCCUGGAGAGUUCCAAGAUGGAAGAGGAUAAAAAGAGGACGGAGAAGAAGAAGAGGGUGACGGCGUGGCCCAUCCUGAAGGAAUGGUGGUGGGAGCAGUGGGAGGCGGACUCAGAAGCGGGCGGUGAUCUCCAGUGUGCGUGUCGGGGGACGGAGAGCGUUUGCACCGUCUCCGAUCUCCUGCCCGACACUCGUUAUUACUUUGACGUCUUUGCGAUGGACCGGCUGAACGGCACCAGCGCCGCCUACACGGGGACGGCCGCUCGGACGCACGAGGAGGCGCGGCCGUCCGUCGCCACGCUGAGGGAGGGCGAGCUGAGGUGGGUGACCUUCCACGACAGAGGCUCGGCUACAGAGCAGUUCUUCAGCUUCCGCCCACGUGGCGUGCAGCAGAGCGGCCUGCUCACCCUGCAGAGCUGCGGCGGACGCGACAAAGUCAAAGUCACCGUCUCCAGUAAAGGUCUUGUUCUGACCUCUCAGGCUGUCGGGGAGGAUUUGGUGCAGAUUUGGCUGCAGGGAAGCCCGGUUUAUGUCAUCUCCCUGGAAAGGGAAGGAACGACCGCAGCUAAGACCUCAAGUGUAGCCUUACCUUCAGUCAAAAUGCAGACCUCCUCAGCCUACCACCAAAGAGGGCUCCCGUCCUUGCCGUCCACCUUGCAAGUCAAAUCCUUUAACCGCUUGCGUGGGUGCAAUAGCGUCACGUUAGCUUGGAUGGGCACCGAGGAGAGGAGCCUCUACUGUGUGUACAAGCGAAAGCUUGAAGGGGACGCCUUAACCGCGCCAUGUCUCGGCCCGGAGUCCCGCUCCGAUACAGAGAGGGUCCUCUGCAAGUAUUUCCAGGAGCUGAAUCCGAGGCGGGCGGUCACGACAGCUGUGAUCGGUAGCCUGCAGCCAGGGACAACUUACGUGUUUGACGUCUACCUGAUGAGACGCUGGGGGAUCCCGAUCAAGUAUGCCAGCAAGACGGUCAAGACCAGGAAGGACUGCUGAGAUGCCGCCCCCUAGUGGAGGGCUGUGGAAUAAAGCCUGAGAACGAGGCCAUUAGACUGUAGAGGAGCAAUGGUUGGACCCUCAAAGGAGAGGAGGGUGAUCUCACACCAGCAAAUUCCCAGAAUAUUCCCAACAGAUUGUUGCUUUUCAUCGUCAACCACGAUAACAACGUGGCGCCGGUCCAAGUGCUCGUUUCGGUGCGCGGGUACAAAAAGGACAACAAAAACAACUAGGACCGUGUGCCAAAUAUGCAACAGAAACAGAUGGGCCAAUAAUUGGACGACAUCUGAGACGUUGGAGGGGAGCAGGGGGAGGUUGGAGUGUAUAUAACCGGUACAAUCUACAGAUGCUUACUUCAAAGCGUGUUAUCUUUGUGCUCUGCUCUCGCAUGAAGCAGGAAAAAAAUACUCGUCAUUGUCCUUGAUGUAUUCCCGUGCUGCUUCAAUCACACCAAUAAAUACUGGGGAAUCUGUGCUUUUGGAAAUACUGUACAAAU